CACACUUCGCAGGCUCUUUGACAACGUGCGCCGCCAUUCAAAGUUUUGGAUUCAAUUUGUUCGAUUCCUCGAAAUAUUUUUUGGAAAAUAAUGAAUUUUCUGUAUUUUUUUGUAUCAUUUGAAAUAUUAUUUCUGAGCAAUAAUCAUCCAGCAGAGGCGAAGUCAGAAAAUGCUUUAAUUUACAAUUAUGAAGAUAAAAAGUUGAUAGAGGCGAGACAACCCAUCGCUCUGUGCCAGACUUGCCUAACAGCUUGCCCAGCUUCCACAGACCCAGAGAAGAAAUUCGACGACGACGAUUCUAUAGCUGGAAACAGCCUUUUUGUUAGAAAAAUAUCCUCAAAUUCUCAAAAUGAAAAAAAUAUGAAAAUUAACAUCUGCGACAGACAAUUCCAACCCUCAAUAAUUUGGGACGACAAGAAGAAAAUGUAUCUCACUGGUUAUGAGCUCUACUACGAGUAUGAAGAAGGGCAGAUAAAAUUGCAAUGCGACGAAUACGACAAUUUUAGACAAAUCACUAACGGCAAACCAAAUGAAAAACAAUCUCCCAGCAGUGAUUUCGUCCGCAGAUACAAAAGCGAAGGAAAUACAAUAUUCCAUAUACUUGACGAGGAAUCAAUUAUUGAAAAAUUGGUUUUUUUCUGGAUACACGUACUAUCGAUUGGUCAAACAGAACAUGUAAGACAAAUUACAUUGUUCGAAAGAGACGAAAUAAAUUAUUAUAAAUUUGAUAUGAUCGAAUGCGAAGACUAUAAUUUAGGAGGUGGUUGGAAAACAUUCGUAACCAAAGUAAGAUGA